AUGUAUACCGUGCCAAGAGGAUCGGCUAUAAUCAAAGAGGUUUUUAGGACGUCAGCUCCUCCGGGCUUUGUAUCAUCUAUACUGGUAGAUGUUCUAGAUCGGUUUCCUGUUGAAUCUAAAACUGUUAGCCCUUGUACAGCAAACACUUUAAGAGUUUUGCCCCCUCUAGCGGGCAGUAUAUCAUACAGGCUUCAGCUGACAUCUCCAGGUAUUAUUAAUAUAUUUAAACCAACUGAUCGUGAGAAAACAGUGGUGAUUCCAGGCAGUAGCAGUUUCUUCAUUGUUCAAGUUAUAGAUGACCAAAAUGCUUUAGGAGAUGCUACUAUGCCUAAUAGGGUGCUUUUAAAUACAGACAUUCCACCUGGGAGGUGGUUCUUGUAUGACUUUGGCACUGAAACUAAGAGAAAAUGGAAAAUUGUUGUUGACAUAUGUAGAUAUACAAUACAACAGUUUGAUGACCUACCACGCCAUGCCAUUAAAUACUUGGAUAUUGGAUCAAAGCUGGAAUUUAAAUUCAGAGUGACUCCAGUUAAUAUAGGGUAAAACUACCAUAGCUGUGAUUAUCGCAUUGGGAUCUCUCCGAUGUGAAGUGACAACUAU